CAGUGGUGACGAUGUGGUGGGAGGUUCGUCGCGCGCGAUCGCUCGGCGCUCCAUUCACCCAUUGGCCGCUGCCGCGAUUGGAUGUGUCUCGUGAGUUGUCGAGUUCGCGCUCGCGUCCGCUGUCCACGCGCAGUUGUGCCUCGUCGAUCAACGCAGCGUGAUUGAGAAAGAGAAAAAAAAUUAGACAUAUAUUGUAUACGGCGCAGGAUAUUUCCAGGGAUCUAGUGAUACGUGAUCUAACAGUCAGUGUGUUGGUGCGUGGUGAUUCGUCGAGAAAUGUGUCGCCGUCGCCCGACCGGCCAUUGAAAAGUGCAACUUGCUUCGUUACCACCGCUCCCGUUUGAGCGCGAUUCUUGUUACGUGAGAAGGAUCUACGCUCCGCGAUCCACGGACGAGAUGACGGUCGCUGGAAAGGUAAACCUGCCGGAUCUGACUAUCGAUCGCAAAAUUCUCGCGCUUCUGGGCAAUGGUGUCGAGAGCAUUUAAAUCCUUUGAAUCGUGGAAUGUGUUUAAAUGCUUGGACCCUAGGUCAUCUGAGGCUUUUCCUUUAAGGAAAACUCUUUCGAACAAAAAGCUGUCAUUUUUGGAAAAGAUAUGUGGACUGCACAGUACUAGGCACGGGCAGCAUGCCGGACGCCGAGGACUCUUCAUAUGACAGCGAUUACGAGGCCGAGGACUCGACGACGACAACGGCAACGAUGACGACGACGACGAUGACGACAGCGGCGCGGCGUCCACGAUCGGAGUCACAGAUGUCCCCAGCGCAUCCGGACGUAUCUCGCACUACGUCGGACACCCUGGCGGCCGAGUUCGCGGAGUAUGUUACUAUCCAGGGACCGUCACCUACGCAGAGUCCGGGUUACACCGCCCGCGUGGAGUUCGCUCUUAAGCUGGGUUACACCGAGAAAUUGGUGCAAGCGGCGUUGCAGAAGUUGGGUCCGGACCCAGGUCAGAAUGAACUAUUAGCCGAAUUGAUCAAACUCGGAGCUACUUGUUCUUCGAAGUUUACCGACGGUCCUGAGGAAGCAGACGGUCUGCUGGACGCUGAGGCAGGCACUGAUGAAGGUGGAGGGUCGAUUUUGACGGCGACGAACGCAUUGGCGACGAAUGCGAUCUCGUCGAUGGAUCUGAGGCCCGUUGUCAUAGACGGUAGCAACGUCGCCAUGAGUCACGGCAAUAAAGAGAUAUUCUCCUGUCGCGGUAUCAAGAUCUGCGUUGAUUGGUUCCGCGCCAGGGGCCACAAGGAGAUCACUGUCUUUGUACCUAAGUGGCGAAAAGAAGCCUCGAGACCUGACAAUCCAGUAGCCGACCAAGAGAUCCUGGGCGAGCUCGAGAAGGAUCGUCUACUUGUAUUUACACCUUCCAGGUUGGUAGGUGGGAAACGUAUGGUAUGUUACGACGAUCGGUACAUUUUAAAACUGGCCGCGGAAGUUGAUGGCAUUGUCGUCAGCAACGACAACUAUCGAGACUUAGCACAAGAAAAUCCUGAGUUCAAGAGGGUUGUAGAAGAGAGAAUUCUGAUGUACAGCUUUGUAAAUGAUCGAUUCAUGCCACCAGACGACCCGCUUGGCAGGAGUGGUCCUACUCUGGAGAAUUUUCUCAGAAUCGCUCCUAAAAAAGUUGAUCCUGCUCCUCCGUGCCCUUAUGCCAAGAAAUGUACAUACGGCAACAAGUGCAAGUUCCGGCAUCCCGAGAGAGGACCACAUCCGCAUAAAUCUGUGACCGAGCGAUUGGUGGAGCACGCUCAGCGUCACUUACAGGCCCGUGGUCCCAGUCUGAGCCUCCCGCUGCCGUCUACAAAUGCAUCCGUGUCUCCACAGCAUCCGCCGCUCUGCAAAACCAGGUCAGCCGUACCACCGAGCGUCGUUCAACCCUUGUCGUCCGUCCUGAAGAGUAGAUCGGUGGAAAACGUCACGUCUGAUUUGUCCGCAACUAGUCCCGCCAUGUAUAGCCAGCAGAUGCCUCCUGCACAAAAUCCUCAAGGUUACCCGUCCGCAGUGAAUUGGGCCACGCCAAGAGUGAACAAUUCUGAGUCAGAACCGGUGAACAUGCAUCGGAAGUUACAGCGGCAGCUGACCCUAAAUCCAGCGUGCGAUCCGCGGCUUUAUCAACUCAGACGUUAUCAUCAGCAGCAGCAACAGCAGCAAACUGGCCAGUCACCGCAACAGCAACAACAGCAAUCGGUUAUCAAUCCACCGCACUCCAGUAUGCAACACCGACCGUUAACGAGACUCGCCAGUAACGAAUCAUCGUAUCCAGUUACUGCUAUGAGCUGGGAUCAUCCUGACUGUCUUCAGCAUCAUCACCAGCACGUGAUGCGUAUUGCCUCUGCCCCGGAUUCUUACAGAGCGUGGCCGACGCGCGGUACCGCUCUGGUACCGCCAUCACGGGUGCAGAGGCUAGGCACUUCAGACCCCCAACUGAAUCUAUUACCAUCGCCGCCGUCUACGAGCUUACAAGUGCCCUGGGGCACGCAGACCCAAGACGUUCGACGUCGCUUGCACUACCAUCUUGCCAACAUCUUCCCCGAGGAGCAAGUGCAAGCUGUCAUGGCGCUUCAUCCCCACGAGACCGAUCCCCAGCAGAUUUGCGCUGCUAUUCUGGCAAUGUUCCCUAAGAAUCAGAAUUGAUGCAAUGAUGAAUUUUACGUAGAAUGUUCACGAGUUGGAGCAUUUGAAAACUACCUAUAUGUGUAACGAUUAAUUUCUAUUAUUCUUAUGGGUACCUUGUAUUAUUGCAUAAAAACUUUAAUGCAGAAUGUAAGUAUAACGAUUACUGUAUUAGCUGCAUUGAAAAUAUUGAUCGAAUUGUUAUAGAAAA